UAAUGGGGUCACAGCAGCACCCAUGGAUGGGCUGGCUAUGGGGACACAGCAGCACCCAUGGUUAUGGGGUCACGGCAGCACCCACGGAUGGCCUGACAUUGGGGCCGGCUGUGAUGGCACGGCAGCAGCCACGGGCCUGGCAUUAGGGCUGGUUAUGGGGCAGAGCAGGACGGGCAUGCGCAGGGGGGCCGAGGACAGGCUGUGGCACGCUGCACCGAGCCCAGCCCUGCGGUGGCAGCCCGGCUCCCGGCCGUGGCCAGCAGUGAGCAGCCGGCACCCAUCGCCCAGCCCCGGGGCGGCGGGAGGGACGGGAGCCGCACGGUGGUGACACCGUGGCGAUGGGGAGGGGAUGGCUGCGGUGCGGUGCCAACCGUGCCGGCACUUUUGGGAAUUUCCUCUGCUGGGAAAGGGGGGGGGUUCGGGGUUCCCCCUUGCCCCGUUCCGGGUUUGGCGUCGGCUGCAGAAGGGUUAAUGCUGUGUGUGUUCUGGGAAGCGGGGCUGGGAGGUGCGUGACCCGGGGUGUGGGCGUCGACUCCUUUUGAGGUGGGAUCCGAGCUGAAGUGCAGCGGGGAGCGGGGCCAAGUUCACACAGCAGCACCCUGCACCCUCCCUGCCUCCGCCGGAGCAGCGCCCGGCCACGCGGGCACAGGCGCCAGGUGAGGACGAUGGCGAGCCCCGAGGACGACCUGAUCGGCAUCCCCUUCCCCGAGCACAGCAGCGAGCUGCUGAGCAGCCUGAACGAGCAGCGGCACCGGGGGGUGCUGUGCGACGUCACCAUCAAAACGCAGGGCUUGGAGUACCGCACGCACCGCGCCGUGCUGGCCGCCUGCAGCCGCUACUUCAAAAAGCUGUUUGCGGGGCCGGGGCCGGGCCAAGAGGUUUGCGAGUUAGACUUUGUAGGGCCUGAAGCUUUGGGAGCUCUGCUGGAGUUCGCCUACACCGCCACGCUGACCAUCAGCAGCUCCAACAUGGGCGAGGUGCUGCAGGCGGCCCAGCUGCUGGAGAUCCCGUGCGUCAUCGCCGCCUGCGCCGACAUCCUGCAGUGCCACGGCUUGGAAGCUCCCGGCCCCGAUGAUGACGAUUGCGAGCGCGCUCGCCGUUACCUGGAAGCUUUUGCCACCCUCCCCGACGGGGACCCCCCCGCCGCUCCCCCCGCCCGCCCCGCCGCUCGCCGCAGCAAGAAGACCCGCAAAUUCCUGCAGGCGCGCGGCGCACGCCUCAACAACCACAGCGAGGAGCCGCCCGCCGAGGCCGAAGGCUCCCACAGCCCCCUGCCCGCCCCGCAGCCCCCUUCCCCUCCCCCGAUGCCGGAGGGCUUGGCGCAGCCCUACGAGGCUUUCGAGGUGCCCGAGGAGGAGGAGCUGCCCCCUCACGCCUUCCCCUUCCCGUACCAGAUGUCCCCCGAGGAGGGCGGCUCGGACGACGACGCCAUCGAUCCCGAUCUGAUGGCUUAUCUGAGUUCGCUGCACCACGAGGCGCUGGCGCCCGGGCUGGAUAGCCCCGAUAAAUUGGUGCGCAAACGGCGUUCCCAAAUGCCUCAGGAGUGCCCCGUGUGCCACAAAGUCAUCCACGGUGCCGGCAAACUGCCGCGCCACAUGCGCACGCACACGGGAGAGAAGCCCUUCGCCUGCCAGGUGUGCGGCGUGCGCUUCACGCGGUGAGUGCCAUGGUGAUGGCGGUGGCCCCGGGGUGGCCCCUGCCCCAUGUGUCCAUUGGGUGCCCGUGGUGUCCACCUGGGUGCCCACGGUGUCCUCUGGGAGCCUGCAGUGUCCCCUGCCCCAUGCGUCUCCUUGGGUUCCCGUAGUGUCUCCCUGGGUGCCCGUGGUGUCCCCUGGGUGCCCAUGGGGUCUUCUGGGUGCUGGUGGUGUCCCCUGCCCCAUGGUGUCCCUUGGGUGCCUGCGGUGUCCUCUGGAUUCCCAUAGUGUCCCCCUGAGUACCCAUGGUGUCCUCUGGGUGUCCGUGGCGUCCUCUGGGUGCGUGCAGUGUCCCCUGCCCCACAUUUCUUCCUGGGUUCCCGUAGUGUCCCCCUGGGUGCCAGUGGUGUCCCCUGGGUGCCCACGAUUGUCCACCUGGGUGCUCACGGUGUCCAACUGGAUGCCCAUGGGGUCUUCUGGGUGCCCGUAGCGUCCCCUGCCCCAUGGUGUCCCUUGGGUGCCCACGGUGUCCUCUGGAUUCCUGUAGUGUCCCCCUGAGUACCCAUGGUGUCCCCACCUGGGUGCCCAUGGUGUGCCUUGGGUACCCAUGGUGUCCUCUGGGUGCCCGUGGUGUCCUCUGGGUGCCUGCAGUGUCCCCUGCCCCACGUGUCUCCCUGGGUUCCCAUAGUGUCCCCCUGGGUGCCCGUGGUGUCCCCUGGGUGCUCACGGUGUCCACCUGGGUGCCCAUGGAGUUUUCUGGGUGCCUUCAGUGUCCCCUGCCCCGCGUGUCUCCCUGGGUGCCCAUAGUGUCCCCCUGGGUGCCAGUGGUGUCCCCUGGGUGCCCACAAGUGUCCAUCUGGGUGCUCACGGUGUCCACCUGGGUGCCCAUGGGGUCUUCUGGGUGCCUUCAGUGUCCCCUGCCCCGCGUAUCUCCCUGGGUGCCCAUAGUGUCCUCCUGGGUGCCAGUGGUGUCCCCUGGGUGCCCACGAUUGUCCAUCUGGGUGCUUACGGUGUCCACCUGGGUGCCCAUGGGGUCUUCUGGGUGCCCGUAGCGUCCCCUGCCCCACGGUGUCCCU